AUGUCGUACCUGGACUUUGACGGCGAGUUUGCCUCGUUGAAAAAGAGUCUGCUUGAGGAGAUGAAAAACGAUAAGUUUGUACAAAGACUUCAAAGCGAACGUAAGCCUCGUUCACACACAGUGGUUGAAGAAGGUCCAAGUUCAGAGGAAGAGUCUUUUUAUGAUACAACGGAGACAAAGACGAGUGACGAGCAUUACACGACAAAACCAAGAAGGAAGCUUCAACUAAGGGGUAUUGACGAGCUUAAGAAGAUGAAGGAUGUGGAACUGAAGCCUCGAAAGAGGGUACAUCUUACAGGCAUCAACGAACUACGCCAGAACGUGGAGAAGAAACCUAGAAAGCGUGUCAAGCUCAUUCCUUUGCCUAAAGGGUAUUCUAUCGAGCCCGAGGCUAAGGAUGGGGAGGUCAAGGAGACGGUGGUGGAAGAGACUGUGGAGAAUGACGACCAAACACGGUCUGAAAGUCAUGAAGGGGCUGGAAAGGAGGGAUCUAAUGAGAAAUCGGGGAAGAACGAAGAAGAUGAGCUUUCAAAUAAUUAUCUUAACCUUAAUGGUGACGAAAACACGGGAGAUGCUGACCAGAAUGGAGAAUCUCAUGUUCUUAAAGACGAGGAUGAUGGAGAAGUCUCUUCAGCUUCAGAUACUGACGAUACGCUGCUUAUGAAGAGAAUAAUAAUGGGCCAAUUAACUGGCCGUGAUUUUCCCUCGCUUGACGAGUCGCUGUUGGCUCCAACGUAUAAAGAGAUUUUCAAGGUUCUACAGCAUACGGUCCAUGACCGUGAAAGUGCUUCGGCUCUUCUCAUUGGGCCUCGAGGAACAGGCAAGACGUUGGCAGUGAAUAGAGCUCUUGAUGAUCUUCAUAAGAGAUACGGGAAACUGUUCAUUACAAUCAAACUCAAUGCGUUUCUACAUACCGACGAUAACCUUGCAUUCAGAGAAAUUGCUCGCCAGUUGGAUGUCAAUUCCAACAGUGGAUCCAGUGAAGAUAAUACCAGGACUUUUGAACAGCGUGCUAUAAGUGAUACUGUGGCCAAUGUGCUUAUGGCCUUGGACUCCAAUGCUUCUCCAGACCGGUCCGAAGAAGAUCUCAAAAGCUCUACCCCAGUGGUUUUCAUUAUAGACGAGAUCGAAGAGUUUACCGCAUCCAAGAAGCAAACCCUUCUUUAUAACCUUUUUGAGCUUUCCCAGAGCUCGAAGAUCCCCAUUGGCGUGAUUGGUGUGGGUACCAAGUUCACUACAAGAGAGCUCCUUGAAAAGAGAGUCCGCAGCAGAUUCAGUCAGCGUAUUAUCACAACACAUUUACCCUCAAGCAUAGAACAAUUCUGGGAAAAUGCCAAGCUAUCGCUUCAAGUGCAUGUGUCGGCUAUGGAUAAGUUCAAGGAUAAACAGUACCCACUUCAAUGGAAUCACAAGAUUAACGAUGCUUUCUCCCAGCCCACCAAACUCGCCAGAACUGUCUACAAGAUAUUUUUCUCCACGAAAAGCUACAUGGACCUUAAUAAUUCCUUCAUGAUCCCCGUUUCACUCAUUGGUCCAUCUCAGCCGUUCCUCGAUGAUAGCAAGAUGGAAAAGUACCUCCUGAUGCAGUCCGAAGGGACCGUCCAGUCAAUCAUCCGAUCGUUAUCAAGCGCAGAGCUAUUACUCACCAUAGCUGCAGCUCGGUGGAUUGCCAAAUCAGAAGUGCCGCAGGUGAAUUUCAAUUUGGCAUACAAAGAGUACACAGACAUGAUGAAACAGUUCAACGCCGAAGCGACCACACUAUCGUCAACCACCUCGCAUAUCGACAACACAGUCCUUGCAGGAAUCAAGGUCAACCAGAAGAUAUUAUCGUCGAAAAUUAUGAGAGAUUGUUGGGUCAAUCUUUACAAGUAUGGGCUUCUUUUCGAUGCAGUCACCAGUAACAACGAGGUCAAUGCUAACAAUAAUCUCAACAUGUAUAAGCUGGUUGUUUUGGACGUUUCCAAGACGUUGCAGGUGGACAUUACAUUGGAAGAAUUAGGAAAACUAAUUCCCGACAGCGACUUCUAUAAAAAACUUACCAAGCUAUGA